UCGGCUUUAAAAAAUUUUCAGUAUAAUUUUGCAUACAAUUACUUUAAUAUUGUGAAAUCUUUUCUAUAAAAAAAGAAUAUAAAUUUAACACAGGAUAAUUAAUAAAAUAUAUUAAAUAUGUCCUCAACUUCAAAUGAUUUCUUUUACGGUUGGGAUUUGCUCUACAAGACCAUUGAAAAAGUGAUAAACAAAAAGGAUGACUUGCUUAUUGCACUAGCCCAUUUUGUUUUAACCAAACACUCUCAAUUUAAAUGUAUCGGUAUUGGAGAUGAUAAAACUUUGGCCGAAGAUGAUGUAGAAAGUGGCUCAGAGUUAUUGCCCGAUAACUGGAAUGAUGAUGAAAAUAAUUAUGCUUUACGCUAUACAAACAAUAAACAAUUGUAUAUUCUUUUGGGCCUUAGGACAGAGGGUUCUUUAAUUAUAACACUAUUGGAUGUAAAAACACGUAAAGUUUCUAAUAUUGGUUUAGAUCCUGAGGAUCUGGUUAAGGAGACCAAAGGUAGUAUAACAAAAAUGAUACCAACAGCUACACAACUUGUCGAUAGAUACCGUAAAGAACUAUUGGAACCGGUAUUUGCUGGCAAUAGUAAAUCAGCAACAACUCAAACAGCCAGUACAUCUGCUUCAACAUCAGCUGAAGGUCCUGAUAGCUUGCGUAUUGGUGAACCCAGAUUACCACCUUUUGGCUUAUAUACACCUGCCAACCAGCCACCUCCUUUUGGCUUUCCCGUUGGUCGCGGAGAUUUAGAUCCUUUGGGUCGAGGUGGCCCUGGUAACUUAUUUCCUUUUCCCUCACAUCCCGAUUUUCGUCUAGGUCCUGAUAAUAGCGGCAUUGGUCCCGGUGCUCGGCCUCGUUUCGAUCCUUUCGGUCCUCCAGAACGUGGCAUUAGACCAAAUCCUAAUCCAGAUCAUAUGCAACCUCCUGGUUUUGGUGGUGACUAUUAUAUGUAAAGAAUAUAUUCUUAAUGAAUAGUUAUUUAAAAUAACUCUACAUAGUAUGUGUAGAACAAAUAUAAUUUGUUGAAUUUAUUUGCAAACGAAAUUUUUUCUAAUAAACCAUAAUUUUCAUAAUAUGUA